GUUAAUUCGAGGAUGCCAGGCCACACAAUCAAUUAUUUUCAAUUGAGAGGAUUAGUUUCACUGUUUGCUGAGAGAAACAAUGGCUUCCACUGUACUAGCACAGGCUCUUCCAAUACGUCGCGUGCGCAGUUCGCAUCCUGAUCCCCGCGUGGCUCACACUACUGGACACUCACAGGUGGCGCUUCCCAGCCGCAGAAAUUGCUUGCUGCUUCUAACCGCUACAACGGCACUGAAUACACUGCAAAAGCCAUCAAAUGCAGUGGACAUACCGUUGUUCGGACUGAGACAAGGACUGAAGAAGGUGGAGAAGGAAGCAGAGGAGCUGGUGAAGGAAGGAUUCGAAACAGCUGACAAGGGAAUCGUGGCUGCAGAGAAAGGAAUAAAGGCGGCAGAGAAGGGAGUAGAAGCGGCAGAGGAGGGGAUAGAGGCGGCGGAGAAGGAGAUCACAACGGCGGUGAGCUUUGGAGGGCUGGCACAGGCGGGGGCUGUGGCGGGCGCGGAGGCAGUUGGAGUUUUGAUUGCCACAAGUAUAGUGAAUGGGAUUUUAGGUCCAGAAGCUAAGAAAUCAUGAAGCAAUUAAAUUAAUAGUUAGAUUGUAAUAAUGUUUGUAUGGUGAAAAUAUUGAUGAUUUUGUUGAAUUUUAAUAAUUAAUUAUUUAGUUGGAUU